AUGUCGACAGACACUGUUCUCCUUACACAACAAGAUAAUCCCCUUGCGGAUUCGGUCGCCCAUUGCGUCAAACAAGCUGCAGACCAUGCCUACGAUCAAAUGAAGCCUGAUGGCCAUUGGUAUCUCGAAGUUCGAAGUAGCAUCUCUUUCACAGUCCAAUGGUUAUGCAUCCGACAAAUCCUUGGCCCGCCUCUAUCGCAAGAUGAGGCCUCCAAGUUCCAGAGCUGGCUUUUGUCUCAGCAAAAUACAGAAGAUGGGUCAUGGGGCCUGGCUCCUUGUGUGCACGAGUGGGACGGCGAUGUCUCAACAACAGUCGAAGCCUAUUUUGGGCUGAAGCUACUCGGAACACCUAUAGAUUCCAAGGCUAUGCGCAGAGCAAGGGCCUUUGUGUUGCGUCAUGGAGGCGUCAGUAAAGUUGGAGUUUUAACACAACUGGUUCUGGCACUUUUCGGCAUCAUCGCGUGGAAAGAUAUGGCUCAGGUUCCAGCUGAGCUCAUGGCUCUCCCUGCGGGACUAUCGCCAGUCAACAUCUACUCUUUUUCGUACUGGUCUCGGGUAUCGGCUGUACCUGUGAUGUUGCUGAAGCAUCAUCAACCAGUAUUUCCGCUGUACCCGGUCGGGGCCAAAGAUGAUGAAGAGGUUCUCGGGGCCACGUUCCUCGAUGAGUUAUUCUUGAAUCCGUUAGAUCGGACACUCAAGUCUAUUCCACAAUUGUCGACUUUGUGGAAUGAGGGACAGCUUGGUCGUUUUGCGUGUACAAUGAUCGACAAGGCUGCCAGCGUCGUUGAGCCCCUCUUGAAGAAGUCUUUCUUGCGGACCUAUUGCCUCGAUCAGUGUGUGCAAUAUAUCUACAAUCAUCUAGACGCAGGGGGAUUCGGCUCUCUUACUAUUUCCAACUUCUUGUGCGUCGUCGGCCUACACGCCUCAGGUCUCCCUGCGAGCCACCCAGUCAUGGGACACUUGACCCGAGCUAUGGAAGACGCACUUUGGGAAGACGCCGACGGCCUCCGCAUGCAAGUAACUAUCGGGCCAGUUUGGGAUACAGCACUCAUGACACUUGGGCUCUUGGAGACUGGUCUUGCCGACAAUCGAACAGAUCUGUCAAUAAAAUGGUUUAAGGACCACCAAAUCCUCAAGGUGCACGGCGACUACGUCAAGACAAAUCCGAGAGCGGCUCUUCCAGGAGGAUGGUCAUUCCAAUACUGCAACGAAUACUUCCCUGACAACGACGACACCCUGGUUUGUCUCUUCGCAAUCAUCAUGCGAAAUCCGAAAGAUAUCAACUCCGCCAGUGGAGCACGAGCACUCAAUUGGCUCCUAGCCAUGCAAGGUGGCGACGGCGGAUGGGGUGCAUAUGACAUCGACAACACCAGCAAAGUUGCAAAUCUCUUCCCCUUUGCUGAUGGUGUCGAGUUUUUCGACCCAAGUGUCCCUGACAUCACCGGUCGCGUUCUUGAAGUACUCGGCUACAUACUCACUGAUUCAACUUGCUCCUCUGUCUUGCCUCCAGCCGUUUACGAGCGUGUCUGUAACGCGUGUAAACUGGGACUUCGGUAUUUGGCAAAAACGCAAGACAAACUUACGGGAACAUGGUGGGCAAGGUGGCAUGUGAACUACCUCAACGGCACCAGUAGUGUUCUUUGUGCCCUACCCUAUCUACAAUCGAUAGAACAACCAGAGGAGGAGAUUCUUGUAUCUGAACCCCUUUCCUGGAUUAAGGCCGUGCAAAAUCCUGACGGGGGUUGGGGCGAGAGUCUCGGCACAUACCGAGACGAGUCUUUGGCUGGCCAAGGUCUUGUUUCGACUCCCACACAGACUGCCUGGGCUCUCAUGGCUCUUCUAUCGCAUCUACCUCAUACAGACCCCGCAGUUGAGAGAGGUGUACAGUAUCUUCUCCGUACUCAGGUCAAUUCCUCUGCAGGUGUCACUUGGGAGCAGGAAGCCUAUGUGAGCGUCGGAUUCCCAAAUACUUUGUGGUUGGACUUUGGUUGUAUGCGACAUGGUUAUCCGAUGGUGGCUCUUGGCCGUUAUCUGCAUGCUAGCAGGAUGCACAAGGCAUAA